GGAACUUGGUCUUGAGCUACCAGCUAACAUCCUUGAGUCGGAAGUCUGAUCCCAUCUAUAUUUGCUUGUCCGUAACGUUAGCUGACUGUCCCUGCAUCAUGUUUCGAGCCGCCGUCCGACUUUCAGUGUCCGGUGCCCGGAGUUUGACACGGCCACAGCUCGGACUUACAGCUCCACUGGCCCAGAGGUGUUACGCCCAUGGUGGGAAGCUGGAAUCGGACGAGGAGUUUGAUGCCCGCUGGGUAACCUAUUUUAACAAGGCAGAUAUUGAUGCGUGGGAGCUGAGGAAAGGGAUGAACACGCUGAUUGGAUACGACCUGGUGCCUGAGCCUAAGAUCCUGGAAGCAGCUCUCCGAGCCUGCCGCAGAUUAAAUGACCUGGCUAGCGCCAUACGUAUCCUGGAGGCUGUCAAGGACAAAUCUGGCCCCCACAAAAAAAUCUACCCAUACUUAAUUCAGGAGCUGCGACCAACACUAGAUGAGCUUGGUAUCUCUACACCUGAAGAGCUUGGCAUGGACUAAGUAUAGAUGGGGAAGUCUGUUAAGAACAAGGAUGGCCUACACCGGCCAAACCCGGACGAUGCUGGGCCAAUUGUGCUCCGCCCUAUGUGAUUGCCGACUGACUGAACUACAGAUUGCCUUGCAUCAUAAAGAACUAUUAAUUAUUUGUAGAUCAGUCACAGUUUAAUCAAAAUGCCUCACGUCUGCUGGGGCGGCAGGUAGCCAAGUGGUAAGAGCUUUGGGCCGGUAAUCGCAAGGUUGCUGGAGCGGAUCCCCGAGCUGACGAGGUAAAACAUCUGUAAUUCUGCCUCUGAACAAGGCGGUUUAACCCACUCUUCCCUGGUAGGCCAUUAUUGUAAUUGAUCGUUGAGGUGGUGGGUGCGGUCUGUCAGGAAGUCUAGGACCCAUUUGCAAGGACCAUUCUAGUCAUUUUAAAGUAGUCCAUUUUCAUCAUUGUCUAACUGCUCAACUCAGGAAUUGCCACCCAGUUGACUACUUUAAAAUGGUAGAAGCCCUCUGGCAAUGUCCAUGCUAAAACACAUUAUCUGUGAUUUAGUCUCUGACAACAGGCUGAUGACAACUCUAAGUUUGUUUUUGGGGAAGUUGCCAAAAGGUGACCAAGCCAUAGAGAUAGAGGACUCAUUUGUAUCAGUGUUUAUAGCAUCUGUGACAGCAUGGGCAGCCACUCAGUGCAUUUAUAACAACCUAAACAUCUAUUAAAUCAAAUAAACCUCAAGUAGCAAAUGAGCAAUUACCUUUUUUUUGUUUACCAAAUAAAGACUCAUUGACCUUCAUACAGAACUCUCCACUUCUGGGCAGUGUUGUAAAGUACAAAAAUAAAAAUAUUUUAAAGUA